CGAAGCCGAUAAAGGCGGCAUUUUCAACCUUCGCAACCCGCCACACCUAGCAGCUUAUUGGCUUUGCUACCUUGAACGCGCAUUUCAAGCCGCAGGUCGACUAACAACUCGGGGAGCUGUACUACUCCCGCCGCCAUCAUGUCUGCGGACGACCAGGCCUUUCUGGACGUACUAUCGUCCCUACCGAACAACAUCCAAAAAUACUCCAGAGACGCAGCCGAAUACGUAGACAGGCAUGUCGACCAAAUAGCCGAAACACUCCGAGACACUAUCGCCAAUUCGCAGUGGGUGCCCGAGCAGUUCCGCCCACGACCGACCCCUCCACCAACAAUCAUAACCGUGCCGUCAUCCGCCCUCGAAAAGGUCCAGAACUGGUUCUACAAGCACAAGAUCCUCGUCGGGUUUGUCGCCGUGACUACCGGUUUCGUUGUCUACCGGACAUACAAGAGUACGGCGCGAUGGCGAAAAACACGGCGCGCUAGGCGGUCCCGCAGUGGCGGCCGGAUGGAUGUGGUGGUUAUCGCCGGCUCGCCGGCCCUGCCCUUGACGAGGUCGCUGGCGCUGGACCUGGAACGGAAAGGAUUUGUUGUGUUCGUCGUCGCCAACAGCCAUGAGGAUGAGAUCAUGGUUCAGCACCUAGCACGGCCAGAUAUCCGACCUUUGAGCAUCGAUAUCACCGAUCCCCCAAGUACCGGUACCUCCAUCGACACCUUCGCCCGCUAUCUCCAGUCUCCGCACGCCGCGAUCCCCAACGGCAAGCGACACCAUCUGUUGCUCAAAGCCGUCAUCCUCAUCCCGUCGCUCAACUACCAGACCUCGCCUAUCGCGACCAUCCCGCCGUCGAGUUUCGCCGACCUCUUCAACACCCACCUCCUUCAACCGAUCCUCACAAUCCAAGCCUUCCUGCCGCUCCUCACAGCGCGCCUCACCCCGUCGUCGGACAAGGAACGACCGAGCCCGAAAGUCCUCGUCUUCACGCCGUCCAUCAUCUCGUCCAUAAACCCACCAUUCCACGCUCCGGAGGCAACCAUCUGCUCCGCCCUCUCGGCCUUCACCGAAGUGCUGACGGGCGAACUGCGGCCGCUCGGAAUCCCCGUGACGCAUAUGCAGCUGGGCACGUUCGACUUUGCGGGCUUCACACCGGCGGCCAACUCCCGCCUGCUCCAUCCUCACGGGCUGCUCACGGCGGCGCCCGAGGACGCCGACGCGCUCCCCUGGCCGGACUCGGCGCGGCAUGCGUACGGGAAGAACUUUGUCUCGCAGUCGGGGUCGGCGAUUGGCGCCGGGCGGAUACGGGGGAUGCGGGGCAGCUCGCUAAAGGAGCUACACAAUGCUGUGUUUGACGUCAUUGACGGGUCGCUCACGAGUGGAAUGGUGCAGGUUGGGCUCGGGGCCGGCGUGUACGGGUUCGUCGGCCGGUGGGUGCCGAAAGGGUUGGUUUCGUGGAUGAUGGGGAUUAGACGGGUAAAUGAGCUAGCCACAUGGCAGGGGAACGGGUCGUCUGCAUUCGGUAGCCCUAAGUCGGCGAGGAGCGAUGAACCAGGGAGCGAUUCAUAUGUUACCGUGCCGCCUUUGGAACAGGUGGGGGACGCAAAUGUCUGGAAGGAGGGCUAAUUACGCCCGGAAGAACAUGGGAACAUGGGGACAUGGGAACAUGGGUAUGGGUAUUAAGGUUUGGAGUACAUAGGGGUACGGUACACUUUGCUCAGCCAAAGACAGCUGCAACUCAUGACUCUCCAUACAUAAUUAUAUUGAUGAGAGACAGACACAUGUAUCAAGGGAACCGAAUGGCAAUAACCACUACAGUCUCUAACCGGUGCCCAAUCUCGCGGAUGACUCCGUAAAGCGACCCCCUCUCUAAUGGCCCCUCCCCCGGAACCGGCCGCCCUUCCCCCUCCACCUCCCACCUCUCCCACCACCAAACCGAUCUUUAUGCCGCCCAUCAUGACCCCUCUCCCCAUCCCUAUCCCUCCCA